ACAGUGAAGAUAGAACGGUGGCGGUGGUCGCCACUCUGCCACCCUCAACGCCAAAUUAUGCUAUUUUGUGUAUAAUACUAACAACCUGAUACAAAUACUGUGUGUAUAUAGUGUACAGUUCUAGUCUUGCAUGGAAACUAACUCACUGCAUGAAAUGGUGAAGUGUGUGGUGUGAAACUAUCUCAGGAAGUGUGAUAUCUCAAUUGACGGAUGUUUUGACCGAUAAGAGGUUCAGAAUUUUAUCAUGGCUACGAUGCAGGGCUACAUGAGUGGACAGGAAGCCCCGUUAGACGAACUCCCGUCUUGGAAACGAGAAUUGAUAUUACGGAAAAGAGCCAAUGCUAGAAUUCACGGGGGAUUUGGCCUCCCGACUCCCACACCACCGAUGGCGGGUCGUGGAGGAAGCUCGCUGAGUGGCCAUACCCAGCCUGCACCAUCCUCACUGAGUGGAGCACAUCAGGCUGUAGCACGCUCGCUGAGUGGCCCGACCCCAUCCCACCCCCACCCGCCGCCUCAUGCGAACAACACGGCGGUCAGUUCACGUUUGGAUGGUGCUCGUGCAACUGUCAGUGGUGGUGAUGGAAGUCAGAGCCAGAAAUAUGCAGUAACCAGUGAAUUAUCGAGUGUUAACGAACCCAACAACAUGCACCAUAAGGGUUUAAAUGACGAGGGGCCGAGGGUUACCUCGCCCACGUAUUCCUCCGUCAGCGACUCCUACAGUCAAGAAGAUGAGGAACUUCGGUAUGGACCGGGUAUCGUGUCCAAGCUCAAAAACCGGUACAUGAGUCUGGCCAUGAGAGAGAGCAGAUCCCGGCCAUCACUGCGGAGGUUCAGCUCUUUAGAGGACUUGCUUGAUACUGAACCCCGGGAAACGUGGCAGGAAAGGGGCACCAGUGCUGCCAAGCCGCGCGCUGCCCCGGAGUCUGCCGUCAGCCACCGACGUGAGGUGAUGCGAAGGGCGCGGUCUGUGGAUUCUUUAAGUAGUAGACUAUCUGAGGACACCACUAGGACCAGAACUUCAGGCCUUCCUAAGAGUAGGUCGGUGACAAGUCGUCUCCAAUCUAGUCUGUGUGCGCUGGGCAAGGAUGACGUCAUCAUUAUAGAGACCACCAGGACCGUGGCCAUGGAGCAAAAGGCAGUAAAUGGUGCUGCUCAAACCGUAGAUGCUGGGGAGCCGCCUCCACUCACUCGCAAGUUGUCGUCCUCCAGCUUGGUGGAAGAGGAAGACUUGCCAGCCCCUGACACUGUACGUCAAGUAAAGAGGAUAUUCGAACCUGUGGGUAACCGUCCCUCACGGGGCACAGCUGCUCGUGUUGCCGCGCACAAAGCAGCUCAGUCAUCGAAGGCCAACGGUGUUGCAUUAGCAUCUAAACCCGCCCUUAAAGCCAAGCCUGCAGUAGUACCACCCCGGAAGAUGACUCCCCCGUCCUCCGCACACCCUGUCACUAUUGAAGAGGCAAAAUCGUCUCUCAAGAAAGUAGCUCAGGUGUCGCGGCCAUCACCCAGGACCAAAUUAAGUGUGCGAGCUUCAGCCCUAAACGGAGAUGGAACUGCCUCUACUAAUAAUUCUGGUCAGGAAAUAGUUAAUACAAUAAGGGUGCGGCCUGGGUUGACCCCCGUGAGCGCGUCAGUUACAGCACCCUUGGUGAAUGGUGACCCCGGGCUCAGGCAGGCACAGGGCGAAAGUUUCAGUGCGAUCGAGGUAGAGGAAGGGGUAAGGAGGGUAUCCAACAUUGCCGUCUCUAAUAUCAGGAAGGAGAGUCAUUCUCAGGAAUUUAACUUUACAAGUCAACCUGUCAACACCCCUGGUGCCCAGCUAGCGACACCUAAGCCGUCUUCCCCAACGCCCACGCCCUUACCCGCCUCCCCAGUGGCGUCUCACAGAGUGCCCGCCCACACGCCCUUCAGUAGUAAAGGUGAGAGGGCACAGGAGAGUGAUCGCGUUCAUCAGGAGAACCUCAAGAACGCGGAGAAGUCCCGACCACAAACGUCAUCAGUGGAGUCCCUGCAAAUGAAAUUGCAUACCCCAACAAAAGUCGAAACCCCAAAACAAACCAAAGUCGAAUCCAACAAAUCUGUCCCAAAAGUGGAACUUUUCAAACCCUCUCCAAAAGUAGAACCCCAGAAGCCAAGUCCAAAGAAAGCCGAACCAAAAUCAGAGGUGGUGUCACCCGUCAAAACGGAGCCGGUCAAAUCCUCGCCGUCUCCUGCUGACGAGCUGGUGAGGAGCUCGAACAAGGGAAGCUUGGUGGAGGCGUUUAACACCACCAAUAAACAACCCCUUGCGAACAUUAGUGGUAAUAGUCCGGGGAGUACCCCAAUCACCACCAAAACGGCGAGCCAUCGAGAUCGUUGGCACCAGCAGGAGAAUACGACGCUGGUGUUCAACUUCACUAGUAGUAAGAAGGAAACUCCGGACUACAUCGAGAAUGAUGGUGUCGACUUGUCCAAGAGGAGACCAGAGGUAAGGCUUCGUGACUUUUCAUUUUGUUGGCCUGAAGCACAUAUCUGUUUCUUGGGUUCGUAUUAAAAACAUUUGUAUGUUUCUUAGC